CGGUUGCAGUUGGACCCAUGUCUCCGAGAGGCUCAGCCCUGCGAACUGGCAACUCUGUGAGAAACAGGAAAGAGAAGGGCCUGACAGGUGCAAAAGACACCAUGAAGAGAAAGGAGCCUCUCUCACCAGCUUUAGAGAGAAGGAGGACUGUAAACAGAUGUCCACACCACACCUCAGGGAGGGGAGCACAGGACCGUCCCGUCGCCCGCGUCUAUAAAGGCAGCAGCCACACUGCCAGCUCCCACAGUUCUCACACACCACCACCAACAACUGCAGCCUUGACCAGGAUGACACCAGCUGCCAAAAGAUGUUUCCCAGCCAAGGCCUCACAGCCUGCCUGCUGGUUGACGACCUGCGGACUCCUGUGUCUGCUCUGGCCUGCGACCACAGAUACUCAGGCUUGCCCCAGGCCCUGUACCUGCCAGUCCUUGGAAACCAUGGGGUUAAAGGUGAACUGUGAGGGGCAAGGCCUCACAGCCCUGCCUGUGCUACCAGCUCACACCCGCCAGCUCCUGCUGGCCAACAAUAGCCUACGUUCAGUGCCACCAGGUGCCUUCGACCACAUGCCUCAGCUGUGGGACCUGGAUGUGACACAUAACCCCUGGCACUGUGACUGCAGCCUCACUUACCUACGCCUCUGGCUGGAGGACCACAUGCCGGAUGCCCUGCUACAUGUGUACUGUGCCAGCCCUGACUUGGCCACCAGGCGCCCACUGGGCCAGCUGACAGGCUAUGAGCUGGGCAGCUGUGGCUGGAAGCUGCCACCAUCCUGGGCCUAUUCAGGGUUGUGGUGGGAUGUGUCGCUAGUGGCUGUGGCUGUGCUGGGCCUGAUUCUGUUGGCCAGUCUAUUGAAUACAUUUACGGAGUCCCGGAACUGAGCCUAGCCCAGAAAACCAGGGAGAAUCCAGACCUACGCCAGGUCCCCAGACACAUCAUCUCCAGUCAGCCCAUGCCAUCAGAAGGCCACAGGGGGCGGCCUGAGGCCACCUAGUGGACAAAGACACUUGCUGCCCAGUCUACAGACCUGGGUUUGAUGCCCAGAAGAGAACUAAAGCUCACCUCCACAGCCUUGCCAUGUACACACACACACACACACACACACACACACACACAAUUAAAUGUAAUUUUAAAAGACAACAAUAAGCCGGGCAGUGGUGGCACACGCCUGUAAUCCCAGCACUCUGGGAGGCAGGCGGAUUACUGAGUUCGAGGCCAGCCUGGUCUACAGAGUGAGUUCCAGGACAGCCAGGGCUAUACAGAGAAACCCUGUCUCAAAAAAAAAAAAAAAAAAAAAAAAAACCAAAUCGGAAAAAAAACAGAAAACAAACAAACAAAAGACAACAAUAAACUCUCUGCACGGCCUUUUUGUAUGACCUCAAAAUAGUCAUUUUCUUAAGUCUGGCUUCUUCUAGAAACCUUGGUUCAUUCUGUUUUAACCUGGGCGCUGAGGCUACGCUCUCCUGGAGGUUUCCCACUAGUCAUACCAAUUCCAGAAUCUCUGGACAUCUUGAGCCAGGCCCUGGGUUCCACUCUCAUGACCUCUGCCAACAGCCUCUUUACACAGGCUUCCGCUCCCAUCCAGGCUCCAUAGAAGUUCACUGGGUAUAGCCGUGGGUGGGGCAGAGUGAACUGAAGAUGCCGGGGAGAGGGGUCUUUACGGCACUUUACCCAGUUGGUAUCUGAGCUUCUUUCCAGCAUUAGAGGUGGUGGGUCCUCCUUGCUUCUCCCCUGAUUUCUUUCCUCUUCAUACUCUCUACCUGUUUCUUUGUGCAAAAGAGAAAACAAUUCUUCCCAAAAUGCUGGCACCAGCAGCCUCCAAAGUCUGGGUCCCAUCUUCCCCUAAGCUGUAAUCAUCAGAUUUGUAUUCUGGAGAUCUCUCUCUCUCUCUCUCU